UUCACUACGUUAGUACAAAUGUCAUCUGUCACUAGAUGGUUUGUAAACAGUUUUCAUUAAUAUUUUCGAAAAGUCUUAUCAAUUCUAAAGCAACACGAUGAAUAUGGUACCGUUCUUUCCUUCGUUGCAACCUGCUGUAGCGAUUUUAUGUUGGCAAGAGGUUGACGUCCCUUGUAACGAGGAAGCCGAAGUAUUGGCGCUCGAAAGGGAGCAGCAUGCGUGGUUGGAGUCGAUCACAAACACUGCAUCCGACUUAAAUCCUUUGGGCAAAGCUCUGACGAUGACCGGACAAGAAACUGAUGAUGAAGAUGCUAACGAUGAUAGCGAUGAUUCGGACGAGGAAGAUGAAGAAGAGAUUGACCGAUUAAUCGCCAACACUGAUCGUGGCCGAAUGGACACCUCAUAUUCACCGUCCGACGGUCAAAACCCCAACACAACUGAAGGAAAUGACCAGAAUUAGAAGUAAAUAUAUUAAUUUGAUUCUGAAUCAAAUGCUUAAAUUGUUCGUGCAACUUCUCGUUGCCCUUUCUCAGCCAGUGUGAUUGAAUUUUCGAUAAGAAUUAUUAGAUGAAUUGGGAAAAUAAAGCCAUUGAUACUUGAAA